AUGGCGGAAGCUGCUUCUGGUAUGAGAUGGCUCAUACCUUAUGUCUUCUGUCCCUUGUCAGCUUUUAUGUACUUUAGCAGUAUAUACAUCACAUCACUUUUUCUUAUGGCUAUAAGUGUGGAGCGAUACCUGGCUGUUGCAUUUCCUAUCAAAUACAAGCUGUUGAGGAAACCGAUCUAUUCUGUGGUGGCAAGUGUCAUCAUCUGGGUCACAGCAACUGCUCAUUGUAGCAUUGUCUACAUUGUGGAACAUUUUGUAACCGAUAACAUGACUAGUGUCAACAUGACAGCUUGUUACGAUACAUUUUCACCAAUUCAAUUACAGGUUCUUCUGCCUGUUCGAUUCGAAAUAUGUCUUCUCCUAUAUUGUGGUCCAUUGGUGGUCACUGUCUUCUGCUACACUAACUUUGUCAGGAUUCUCUCCAUGCAACCUCGAAUAAAGAAGAAGAGAAAACUUAGAGCAAUUGGGCUGUCAGUGGCCACUAUGAUCACUUUUAUGGUUUGCUUCUUGCCCUAUAAUGUGUCUCAUAUUGUCGGAUUUAUUGAAGGAGAAAGCCCAAAAUGGAGAGUAUAUGCCCUUCUUCUAAGCACAUUCAAU